AUGGGCAACAUCAUCGAGUCCGGGCCUCAAAUUCCCAUGUUUCACGCCAUGGGCUGGACGUUCCCGUGGUCUAUCACAGCGGUCCGCGGCACGCAUGUCUGCUUGCGCAAGAUUGACUAUCCCCUGAUCUGGAAACUUCUCAAGGAAGAGGGCAUCACUCACUUCAAUGCCGCGCCCACCGUCAACACACUGCUCUGCUCCGCCAAGGAGGCCGAGAAGCUGCCCCAGGAAGUCCGGGUCACGGUUGCCGCCAGCCCCCCAAGCGGCCACCUUUUCGAGCAGAUGACAAACCUCAAUCUGCACCCCGUUCACGUGUACGGUCUGACCGAGACGUAUGGGCCGAUUACCAAGGGCUACCAGAUGCCAUCGUGGGAUGCGCUCUCGCCGUCGGAACGGUAUGCCAAAAUGGCGCGCCAGGGCCACGGCUUCGUCACGAGCCUGCCGAUCCGCAUCAUCAAGACGGACCUGCCAGAGGGAGAGCUGGUCGAUGUGGCCAGGGACGGCAAGGAAAUCGGGGAGAUUGUCUUUUUUGGAAACAUCUGCGCAAAGGAAUACUACAAGGAUGCCGAGGCCACGCGGAAGCUUUUCGCUGGUGGCGCGCUUCACUCUGGCGAUCUCGCCGUGUGGCACCCCGACGGAAGCGCCCAGAUCCUGGACCGGGCCAAGGACAUCAUCAUCUCGGGUGGCGAGAACAUCUCUUCUGUGGCGCUCGAGAGCAUGCUCAUGCAACACCCAGAUCUCCUGGAGGCUGCCGUCGUGGCCGUGCCUGAUUCGCACUGGGGCGAGCGUCCCAAGGCAUACGUGACAGUCAAGGAAGGUCGCCAAGUGGCGGGCGAGGACGUCAUAUCGUGGGCGAAACACCAGAGCAACAUCAGCAAGUUCAUGGUGCCUCGCGAGGUGGAGAUCGUCGAGGAGCUGCCCAAGACGAGCACCGGCAAGCUGAAGAAGAACGUGCUGAGGGAAUGGGCCCGGGGAAGCCGCCAGGCAUGA